CGGGAAAUUUUGGUAUUUGUUGGUACUUGCUCACACCUAAUUUCCCCCGUUUGCUCUUUUGCGAUUUGCCAUCCAAACAAAUUAGGACUAACGCAAUUCGCAUCAUUCAUUCAUCUCUCUCAUGGCGGAAUCUGCACCAGCUUCAGCAAAUGUGGGUGGUAAAGAAGAAAAAUGCAGCAAGGUGAAUGAGAGAGGUAAGGAAGAGGUUCAUCAUGACAAGGAAACACAUGGAAGGAGCGAUGAAAUUGAUAAGAACACGCCUGUUGAUGAAGUUAAGGGGCCAAACGUGUUCGAGCGAGUAAAGGAAGAAGCCGAGGCUGUUGUCGGAUCAGUUCUUCAUAAAUCAUAAGUGAGUCUUGAUUUCAGAUAUGGUUCCUUCUAACAGUUUCAUGUUCUUCUCCAAGAUAUUAUCUUUAUUCCAAGUAACUUCUCUCAAUUGUUGGAUGAGCCUAAAUGUUUUCUGAAAUGACAUGUUUUGUACCAUCCUCUCCCUCCUCCUUUGCAUUUGGUGUUCUGUACUGUAUUGUGUGUAUAAUUCAAAAGGACAAAAGUUCUUUACUUUGUGUUGAUAUUUUGAAGCGAAUUUUAGUAUGGUUG